CAGAAAGACAGAGGAGGACGACGAAGACAGUCCUGGAUGAAUUUACACUCAUCCGCACAGACAGCUGACCAGAGGCACAGCAGACUGAGGUAAUCAGUGAAUGAGCAUUUGAGGCACAGUAUCAUUGCACGAUGAGCCUCAACGUCGCGGGACUGGUGGUGAUGGUUGUCUUCUACCUGAUGGUGCUGGGCACCGGCAUCUGGGCCUCCAUGAGGUCCAAGCAGGUGCAGAAGGAGAACCAGGCAGACCGCACAGCAGUCACUCUCCUGGGAAACAGGGGGAUCAGCCUGGUGGUGGGAGUCUUCACCAUGACGGCUACAUUUGUUGGGGGAGGUUUCAUCGUUGGUAUGACAGAGGCUGUGUACACUCCAACCAUGGGACUCACCUGGGCUGUUAUGCCUGUUACAGCAGCCAUGUCUUUCAUUGUGGGUGGACUUUUCUUCGCCAAAGUGAUGAGAGACAAAAAAUAUGUGACAAUGAUGGACCCGUUCCAGAUCAAAUAUGGAAACUCGAUUGGUGGAGUUCUGUCUGUGGCACUACUGAUUGCUGACAUAAUCUGGGUGACAGGAACUCUUAUCGGUUUAGGUUCAACUAUGAGUGUGAUCCUGGAUUUGUCCUAUGCUCUUUGCAUUUGGAUCUCUGCAGCAGUAGCCACCGUAUACACCCUGAUGGGAGGCCUCUACUCUGUGGCCUACACAGACAUCAUACAGCUAACACUCAUAUUCUUCAGUUUGUGGAUCUCUGUCCCUUUCAUCAUGAUGAACCCCCACUCAGUUGACAUCACCAAGACCGCUUUCAAUUUUACCUACCAGGCCCCCUGGAUUGGUACAGUGGAAAAAGAAAGCGCAUGGAGGUGGAUUGAUAAUUUCUUAAUAUUGACUUUAGGUAACCUUGGAUAUCAGGACUUCCACCAGAGGACGCUGUCAGCCUCCUCAUCAGCCACAGCCAGGAUCACCUGCUUUGUUGCAGCUCCCCUCAUCAUCAUACUUGGAAUCCCUUCUGUGUUGAUUGGAGCAGUCGCAGCAUCAACGAACUGGAACAUGACCUUAUAUGGCCCCCUGUCCCCAUAUGAGCGAGGUGAGGCUGGUCAGGUUCUGCCCAUUGCUCUGCAGCACCUCACCCCAAAUUACAUCUCCAUUAUUGGUAUUGGAGCUGUAGCUGCCGCCGUGAUGUCAUCAACAGACUCAGCUUUAUUGUCGGCUGCCUCCAUCUUCACAUCCAACAUCUAUAAGAACAUCCUGAGGACCAAGGCAUCAGAUAGGGAGCUCCAGUGGGUGAUCCGUGUCAUUGUGGUGUUGGUGGGCUUGGCUGGCACAUCACUCUCCUUCCUACACAACAGCAUCAUGGUUUUCUGGAUCCUGGGCUCAAGCAUAACCUACACUAUCAUGUUCCCUCAACUCGUCUGUGUCCUCUUCUUUAACAUCUCCAAUGGCUACGGCUCCAUCAUGGGCUUGAUAGUAGGGGUGUUGUUGAGAGUGCUGAGUGGUGAUCCUUCCAUAGGAUUGCCAAUUAUUCUCCACUUCCCAGGUUGCACUGUUGAGGACGGUGUGUAUGUCCAGCGCUCUCCUGUUAUGACUAUCUGCAUGUUGUCCAACAUGUUUGCCAAUUUGUUAUUCUCAUACCUGGCUUCACUGCUCUUCAACAAAGGACUGAUUUCUGGGAGGUGGGAUGUAUUCAAAGUGAAAACCCCCAAACCGCCACAGAAAUUAAGAUUAAAGAGCAAUGGCACCAACAUAGCAGACGAGGAGGAGAAACCUGAAGAUCAAAAUGAGACUGAAUUAAUGUUGACCACAAAUCAGCAGAACUGACAGAGAAACAAUUUAAAGGAAUGCAAACGUGUUUUUUAUAUAGUUAUAUUAUCAUGUUUUCAUACCAAAUACUUUUUCUUUUUAAAAUGAUGAUCUUGGCCACAUGAUGGUGUAAGAAUUCAUCCUUUGGAACAAGGGCACGUGCUAGUGAAUUUGUAGUAAUUUCAUUGGCUCUAAUUAUGUUUUUGUGGGGUUUGAUUAACUGAGGCUGUUGAUUUUUGUUCCUUGAUAGUGGUGUAAUUUUAAGUUUAACAUUCAAACAAUCAAUCAAUGCCCAAAUUAGCUAGGAAACUGUGUAUUAAUGAACAGGAUGAAUGAAUGAAUGAAUGAUUGGAGUUGCUGGAUAAAUCUAUAGACCUCCGACUCCCUCCCUUACAUUGUGACAUUUACACUCAUACAUAGUGUAUAAUGUCUUAUAUAGGUAUGCAGCUGAAAGUUAUCCCAAUUAACAUGUCUGAGCUCUCAAAUAAGGUUUUUGAGUAAGGGGCGCUUAAAAAUCCCAUCCACAUUAAGACAUUUUAAAAAUUCUCUGCUUGGAAUGAGCUUUUAAUGGUUUUCCCUUAUUGGAAAUUCUUAAAAUGACAUCUAGCCUACCCCGUCUUCCUACUUGAAAACUCCAUAAUCUAUGAAUAUGCAAAUAUGUUUAAUUUUAAAAGUUAAACGGAUGCAAGAUGUCACCUACUUUCCUGAAAGGUCCAUUCUCAGUGUAUGUGCACUGGAGAUUUUGUCACAAUCAUGCUCAAACUUUCCAUCUUCAGUAGAUCAAUUUGAAAACAGUCUUCCAGUUUCAAACUUUGAACAUACUCCAGUCUGUGAAGCAACAAUAAGCAAAAUACAUUUGUGAGUGUAGGGAGGCUAAAAUUUACUUUAAUUUCACUUUGUUUAGUGCACAUCACCCAAGAGGUUUCUUAACAUGCAAAGUAAAUUUUAAAAAUACUGUUCAAUACUUUAUAACAAGACUUUUUUUUCUAAAAGACAAAAGAGACACUAUCAUGAUUUUGAUAAAAUAAUGUGGCGAAAAUAUAUUUAGAUAUUUUUGUGUCUAUGUAACGGUACUUGUAAUUCCUCGGUCGGCCUUGCUGUGGCAGUAACGCUGCGUGUGGCUGAAGUUUUUACCACUUCAUGAGAAAACAAGGAAGUGACCAAUAGCAGUAGAAUGGUUGUCAACUGGGAGAACUAUCCUAAUAGUUAGCUCUCGGUUGAUUAUCGUCCCGGUAGUUUGUAAGCUAAUGAGCUCCACUGCAGAAAUGGAGGCUACAGGAGGAGAGGAGAGUCCAGAUGUGCAGGGGGCAGCGGCGGCGGCAGCAGCAGCAG